AUGUCUAAUUAUAUUAAUAUAUCAGCCAGUACAUCAUCAGGAAUAUUAACACGAUUGAUGUUAGCAUUUCAAACAAGUUGUUUUAGAAUAGUCGCACAUUUAAUUGAAGAAGAUACAAAAGUACUUCGUCUGAGUACAAAUACAAAUAAUAUCUUGCUGACAUUACUUUUUAAAACUGAUGAUACUUUAACAUUGGUUAUGUUAACUAUGGAUAUAGUAUAUAUACUUAUAAAUGAAUUAUCAUGUGAUGUUAAUUUAGCAACAUCAAUUCUUUCAAAUAAACGGGAAUUAUUAAAUCAUAAACAAUAUCAUAUAUUAACAUAUUAUUAUCAAUAUCAUCAACCAAUACACUAUUAUUUGUCAACAUCAAAACGUUCAAAUCAAUUAUAUGUAGAUAUAUUAAAUUUAUUUAUGGAAAAACUUAAAUUAACAAAUAAUAGUUUAAAUAUUCAAGAAGAAUCUGAACGUACACUAUUACAUAUAGCUAUUUAUCAUGAUUCAGGUACAAUUGAUUCUACAACUCAUGUUGAAGAAAUAUUAAUUGAUAAUGGAAAUAAUUUAUUCAUAAAAGGUAAAUCAGGAAAUAUACCAUUACAUAAUGUUCUUAUUAAUAACAAUGUUGAUGAUAAUUCUAUGGAAUUAUGUGUUUUGAUUACUAAAUCAUUAUCGAAUAAAACAAUCCGUCAACGCCUAGAAAAAUGGCAUACACGCAGGUCAAAACAAUUUAAAUUAUUUCGAACAAAUUACGGAUGGCUAGAAGAAGAUGAAUCACUUGAAGCAAAAUAUGUUUGUAUGCUACUUAUAAAUAUCAAACAAAUACCUGAUACUGGAAAACAAGGAAGACUUGUUGAAGAUACUUAUUUAUUAACAUGUAAAUAUCUUUGUAUUCGUUUGAUUACAUUUGAAGUAAUACUUGAUCGUAUUCGUACAUUUCUUUUUAAUGAUUCUAUACGGAUAAAUAAUGCACUAUCAGCAAUGAAUAAUAAUACACGUCCGUUACCAUGUGUAAGUGACAUACAUGAUUUUCUUUUACGUAUAUGGAGUGCUGCUAUCUGCCGAUUGUAA